AUGGCUCUCUUCACUCGCGUAUCCAUCCGAACAUGCCGCGUACGAUUUGCGUCAACCGGCAAACCCGCACUCACAUACAAGGGCCGCAUCCCAAAGCCAGCUCCCCCACCACCAGGACCUGGCGAGGUCGUCACGCCAGACAAGGAAGAGGAAACUCAACAGGCGCGUAAGGCCAUCAUGGAUGCUAUAAAGGAAGACCAGGACAAGGACUACAAGAAACGCUACAAUUCAAAGCUCUGGAAAUGGACUAGACUCAUUUGCUGCAUGCCAAUUGCUCUCGUCUUGACGCCAUACUUGUUCAGCAGAGGUACGAUUGAUCUCAUGUGUUCAAUGAGCUAA